GCUGCUUUUCCCAUCUUCCUUCACAGCAAGUCUCGGCAUGGUUGUUUCCCCCUUUAAUAUUCCCUGAGCUGAUUCAAAAGCUUAAAAGUGGAUUAUUAUAGACCAUAACCUGCCUUUUCAUGUGUUUUGGUGUCAAAAGGAUAAAAGCUUGACAGUGCUGGAAAGUCAUAUUGCUCUGUGGUGAAUAGAUUUUAGAGCAUGCUGGGCUUGUCGGACCAUUGUUUGUCACAUUCCAGCUUUGGUGUUGAAACUGAACAAUAUACUGCACUUUGCUGACUCAGUAGUGUAUGUAAAGCUAGCUGUCAUGCUUGUAGACAUCUCAGUUGUCAUAUUUCUUUGGUUUACAGAUCAGAUGUCCAAAUAUCAUAUCCUCUAAAACUGCCGCAGUCCCUGUGAGGAAUUUCUCAGUCAGCAAUGUUCAUGUCCAAAUUAGGUACUAACUUAUAUAAUCUAAAUAGAAACGUAGACAUUCGUCUGUAAUCACAAAGCGGAUUUAGUCCUUUUGCAUGAUCAUAAACCUAAAUUUAAAAGAAUUCCUUUAGAAAUGUUGGCAAACGUGCAGCUCUUAGGUAUGUUAAACACACAAACAUUCCCAGCUGAACAAAGGCAGUGUGCAGAGUAAUAUAGUCUGGCUGUUGGCAGGGGAGAGGCCAGAGAGAGAGCAUUAUGAGGUUACGAGCUGGUGCUUCAUUAACUCAUAUUUACAGCUCCGAAGAUUUCAGCAGUCCUUACCAAGAACCAGGUGAACGGAGACUUGAUUGAGACAUCAGGGAUGGUGACAUAUUGCUUCACUUUUACCAGUCUAUCUAGUUUUUUUCCCACUUAUUUCUCAACCGAUACCUGGGAGUCUUUUGUCAAACUCAGAUCUUGUAUCUUUCCUGCAAGCACAGAGGAUUGACGACUAAAUUGCCUGUUGCUGAACAAGAACACACCUUCCUACAUAUUUUGCUUGAUCGCAGCUUGCUACCGACUCUGACUGAUCUUCUCUGUGAGAUCUUGUAGAGACUCCCCGUCAGAGAUUCACAGGACACACUUGAAGGAAGGGAUGAGCAGCUUUCUGUACUUUGUCCUUCCAGCGCUGGGAGGAUACACUCUCACCUCGCUGUACCUGCUGAAGAACCCACAUAUUCUCCACAGGAAGAAACGCACAGCUCUCUAUUGCACUCACAUUUCACACCGAGGAGGAAGCGGAGAGAGGAUAGAAAGCACCAUUGAGGCAUUCGACCAUGCGGUGAAACAGGGCACACAGAUGCUGGAGAUGGACUGUCACUUGACACACGAUGGACAUGUGGUAGUUUCUCAUGAUGAGAACCUGCUGAGACAGACCGGCCACGAUGUCACUGUCUCCUCACUCUGUCUACAGGAUUUGCCCCUGUAUAAGGAGCGACUGGAAGUGACCUUUUAUGCAGGUCGCUACAGCAGUGGGACAGACAGGAAGUUUGCUCAGCUGGAGGACGUGUUCAGGAGGUUUCCUGGGACGCCCAUCAGCAUCGAGAUCAAAGAGAACAAUCAUCAGCUAAUUAAAAAGGUGUCAGAUUUGGUUAAAAGCUACAGCAGGGAGGAGAUCACUGUGUGGGCCUCUGUGGAUUCCACUAUCCUAGAAGAAUGCCGCAAAAUGAAUGACUCCAUGCCAUACAGUUUCUCUAUGAAACGAGGCGUGCUGCUUUUGCUUCUCUUCUACAGCGGCCUGCUUCCCUUCGUGCCGCUGGGAGAGAGUUUACUGCAGUUCUACCUGCCGCGCAUCAUCAACAGGACUUACAUUCCAGAGAGAAGCAUCCUGACGAACAGCCUGGUUCUGUCCUUGUUAGAAAAAUUGACUAUGAGGAAAAGUCUUUUUAGACACCUCGCAGCCCGUGGAAUACAGGUACAUUUAUUUGUUUGCAAUGAAGAAGAAGACAUAAAGGCAGCCCUGGAUGUGGGAGCCACAGGAGUGAUGACUGAUUAUCCAACUCUACUGUCAAACUACUUUGACAGAAACGGAAGACAAGACUGAUGCUGAACUUUGGUUCAGUCAGCUGUUGUAAUGGCUUAGAAAACACAGAUUUCUUUUAAAUAAGGAUUGUAUAAGUGCUCGAUAUGGGGGAUAAUAAUAAUAAAAUAAGUGUCAGACCCAUUUCCUCAACCAUGACAAGAUUAGUUGAGGCCUUGAUCAAUUAAACAGCAUGCAGCAGGAACAAAGCAGUCAUUCAGCUCUUUGAUCAUGAGAAACUCUUAAUCACUGCUGACAGAAUAAUCACUGCUGUUUGAUCACUUCUACUGUAUAACUACAAUCAGGUCAGUAUGUAAAGAAAAAGUCACAGAUUUUUGUCUGUAGCAAAUUACAGGAGUUAAUAUUUAACCAGCUCUACUGUGUCACCUGGCAGCCCAUGACAAGAUUAUAAAUAAACGUGACUUUGUUUUGACUGUCUUUGAUGUUAUUUUCUGGUACUUUUGAUUUGUCAGAGAAAGUGCUGAAACUUCUGAAAUAAAUUAUCUCAAGCAAAUUAC